AUGUCGGACUUGGAAGAUCAAGUUCAAGAUUUGAACAUCAAUGGUAAGUUUUACAAGUUCUUGCUGGAUCAAAUGUUUAGGAAAGAAGAUGACGAGAAAGGAGUUAAAAAAAUUACAAAAACAAAAAGAGUAUGAGAAUGAGUUAAAGUCUAUGGGCUCAAAGGCUUUCGAAAGGGAAUUAAACGCAGAUGAAGAGUUUGCCCGUAAGUUUUCUGCUUAGAAGGCAUAUAUUUCAUCUAUUCUUUAUAGACGGCGCUGGAAUUGGUGCUGGUUUAGAUUUGGGAGAUCAGUUUACGGUCUCUCAGCAAGAUAAGACUGAUGCCCAAACCGCGUUACUGGAGAACGCAGUAGAUAUUAAGGUAGAGAAGUUUGACAUCGCUGCCAGUGGGCGGCAACUGUUUUCUAACGCUGAGCUUACAAUUGCUUUUGGAAGAAGGUAUGGCCUGGUUGGACCCAAUGGAAUGGGCAAAACAACCCUAUUGAAGCACAUUGGUGCCAGGAAACUGAAUAUUCCCCCGACAAUAGACAUUCUUUAUUGUGAACAGGGUAAGCUAACUUAAGUAGUUUUAGUUCUGUUUUUAGAAAUUGCUGUCGAUGAAACGUCCGCUGUGGACACUGUUAUAAAAUCUGACAAAGUUCGACUAAAGUUAUUGGAAGAAGAAGCCGACCUAACCAAGAAGUUGGAAAACGGAGAAGAAGUCAACGAGAGACUUCAGCUGGUGCAUGAUGAACUCAGAAACAUUGGCGCUUAUUCUGUUGAAAGUAAAGCUCGUCGGAUUCUGGCAGGAUUGGGAUUUAGUAAAGAAAUGCAAGAAAAGAGAGUAUGUGAUUUCUCUGGAGGAUGGAGAAUGAGAAUUUCUUUGGCAAGAGCCCUCUUUCUUGAGCCCACUUUGUUGUUACUUGAUGAACCUACAAAUCAUUUAGAUCUGAAUGCUGUUAUUUGGUUGGAUAAGUAAGUAGUAUUGUAGUUGUUUGCCCAUGCUUCCUGCCGAAACACGUCCCUGAUACCUAAAAUGUUUUAGUUAUCUUCAAAAUUGGAAGAAGACUCUGUUGGUAGUGUCUCACGACCAGUCCUUCUUAGAUAAUAUCUGUACCGACAUUAUUCAUUUAGAUGAGCAGAAACUGUUUUACUAUAAAGGAAAUUACAGUAAGUUGUUCUCUUCUUUUUUUAUUUCUUGUUUAGCCAAAUUCAAGGCCAUGUAUGAACAGAAAUUGAGAGAGCACAACAAGGCCUUUGAUCAACAACAAAAACAGCUAACUGCUUUGAAGAAAGGUGGCAAGAGUGGAAAACAAGCAGUUGAAGAAGUUAAGGGAAAGAUCAAGAAUAAGCAAGGAAAGAAAGGAGGCAAAAAGGGGCAUGAUGACGAUGGUAUGUCUAUACUCAUUUGUUUAUUUUGUUUUAAGAAGACGAUAAAGCGCCCCAAUUGCUCCAGAAAGCCAAGGAGUACAGUGUCAAGUUCGUGUUUCCACCGACUACGAAGAUGCAACCUCCUUUGCUGGGGUUAUACAGUAAGUAAACAACGUGGGGAUACAUUUCAGCUUUUCUAUUCAGAUGUUACAUUUGGGUUCGGCGAUCAAAUUCUGUUCAAAGACCUUGACUUCAGUGUGGACAUGGACUCUCGCAUUACAAUUGUGGGUCCCAAUGGAGUGGGAAAAUCUACGCUUAUGAAGUUAUUGUAUGGAAAGUUACAACCAGUGAGUAAUUUAGAAUCAAAUUUUAUAUCUGUUUUUUAGACAGAAGGAGAAUGCCGUCGUCAUCGUCAACUGAAGGUUGGAUGGUUUGAUCAGCAUGCUAACGAGGCCUUAAACGGUGAAGCUUCGCCUAUCGAAUACUUGUCCGCGAAAUUCCAAAUCGAUUAUCAGGUAAGUCUACGAGGAUUUUUAAAAAAGAAAAAUAUGUUCACCCAGAAUUAAAAAUACUUUACCCCAGAAAAAAAGAUUUAUAGAAGAAGUGGAUUUUCACCCAGAAAGAAGACUUUCUCCAAGAAAGCAAUAAUUUUAUAAAAAUACGGCAUGGAUUGGAAGUAGUCAAAAUGAUUAAUACGUGAUCCGACUGGUAAAAUCUACUUGCAAGGGAAGUAUCCCGAGUGCCACGCUCAGGUUUUCUUUAAAUUUUGCAUACGCGUCUUGCAUAGGCCACAUCAAUUCUUAAAAAUUUUAGCUCGAGCCAUGGAAAACCAUGAUAUUCAACGAUCGGCUGAGAGAAUACGCAAAACGCGGAGAGUGGUGAGAUAGAAAACACUUUUUGCCCAUAUUUUUGCCACUUUCGUGAGAACAAAUAUUGUUUUGUGAAAAAAAUUUUACGCUAAAAAUAGGCAUGAAACUUUUAAUAUCAAAGUUUAAUUUUUGAAUACUUCCUUGCCUUAUUUUUAUAAAGUUAUGCUUUCUGGGAGAAAAAUCCAUUUUUCUAUCAGUCCGUCGGGAAAAUAACGACGGGUCGUCGCAGCAAAAUGUUCCGCCUCGUCGAGAAAAAGGUCACGUAUAAAUCCCCAGCCGCGACUAGUCGUCGCAAAGCGAUGAUUUGCGAUUCCAAGGCGCGACGACCCGCCGUUAUUUUCCCGACCGACUGAUAUCAAUAUUUUUUCCAGGGAGAAGUAUUUUUAAUUCCGGGCGAAAAUAUACCCUUUUAAAAACCUUCAGGAAGCCAGAAAGAACCUCGGGCGUUGUGGAUUAGCCGGCCACGCUCACACGGUCAAGAUUAAGGACUUGUCUGGAGGUCAAAAGUCUCGCGUUGCUUUAGCCGAGCUUGCACUUGGUGAACCGGAUAUUCUUUUACUCGAUGAACCCACUAAUAAUCUGGACAUUGAAAGCAUUCAGGCGUUAGCUGAAGCUAUUGAAGAAUACGAUGGCGGCGUUUGUAUGGUUACGCACGACGAGCGACUGAUUCGAGCCACGAAUUGCCGUCUUCACAUAGUCGAGAAUCAAAACAUCGAUGAGAUUCUUGGUGACUUUGAUGAUUACCGAAAUGAAGUCCUUAAGGAAAUUGAAGAUCAAGUUCGGGCUUUCGAGCAACCAUAA